UAUUCAUGAGAAAACAUGAAAAUAUCAAUUCUUAUUUUUUUCAUUUUUCUACACACAAGCCUUGGAUGUAAUAAACGAGAUAUAGUUAUCAGAGGAAACCGACUAGGAUACAAGUGCUGUGGACUAGCAGAUCAGCAAUCUGAUGUGGGCGAUGAAGUUUCACUCCCUCCACUGCCACCAGCUUUAGCUACAUCUACAGCAUCAUCGACAUCUACUGCGAUAACAACAUCAACGUCACCUCCUCCAACUCCUAUAAUACCCGUGGGAGAUUGUGUAUGUGGUUCUGGGAUACAGAAAAAAGCAUUGAGUUCAAAUGGUACUCUGAAUAGACCAUGGGCUGUCCAUGUGAGCAUCGAAUCUGAUCUUGGAAGCACUAUUGAAUGCAGUGGAUCACUUCUCAACAGAAAGUGGGUUAUAUCUGCAGCGCAUUGUUUCUGCAAACAUAUACCGGGAGUGAGCUGUGGUAUUCUGGAGAGAGGUAUGAGAAAGAUAGCCCCCAGUGACGUCAUUAAAAGCAGCAUAACUCUCAGAUUUGGAACAACUGCAGAAGCUAAAGCUUUGCCUCCAGUUUCUGACAUUGACAAAUUGGUUGUUCAUCCUGACUACUUUGAAUCUAGAGAUCUCAAACAUGGAAAUCCUUAUGAUAUCGCUCUCAUAAAAACUAAACAGGAUAUUUAUACGGAAGCUGGAACAAGAAAAAAUGGUAUAAUAAUUGUGCAACCAAUAUGCUUGCCUCCCCCUGGACCUAUCACUUUAGAAGAAUCUUCUGAAGAUGAAACCAAUCAGUUGGAUGGAUUAAAGAAACCAUCAAUCCCAUUUAAUGAUAUGGAUUGUAAAAUUACAUUUGGAGAUGGCAUAGAUGAUCCACCACACACUAGAUUAGAGAUUGGUUGGCUGAAGUGCCAUGCUGCAGCCUUCAUUGCUCCACUUGAAGUAGAAGUUGAAGGAAGAACUAGUUUUCUAACAGCUUUCGGUAGCACAAAACAGAAAAAUACAAAAGUUUGCAGAGCAAAUUCGUUCAGUCCCGACCAGAGUGUUUUUAGAAAGUGUACUAGUGAAUGUAAACAAAGUGAAAACCCCUCAAUGUUUCAUCCACUGUGUCAAGAUCUACUAAAAUCAGCAAUUCUAGAUGAGUUAAAAAAUACAACCGUGGCCAGAAUUGUUAUAAAGACAGCUAGUGAGGAUGUUAUCUGUUACCCUUGGAAGAAUCCCAGUGAAAUUGUUCUAUUCGAGGAGCACCCUUUUAAGGCUGGUUGGUGUCAAACUGAAUGUGAUUCAUCUAUAAGUGAAUGCAAGGAUAACAGUACAAGCUGGGGUUGGUGUAUUGAUGGGUGCGACAAGAAUACUCCAAGUGAUUUCAACGACAAUAUACACGAGAUCCAAGUGGACUCUUUUGUUUAUGAGAAUUGUAGUCGAAAUGUUGACACAUUUACAGAAUUUUGUACCGGAUCCCCAAUUACCAGACCUAAACAGCAUAUCGUCAGAGUUGAGGAGGGGGAAUUUGAGAUGGUUAAAACUGAGCCAGAAAUCUGGCAUCCGGGUAAUAUUGGUUGGAAUGGGAAUGACACAAUUAUCAGACCUGGGUCAAGAUACCAAGGGCGUCAGCAUUCUAGUGUUGUAGGUGACAGUUGUUUUGGUGACGCGGGUGGGUCAGUCUGGAAAUAUUGGAGGUUUAAGGACCCAGCUAGUAACGCGCCGGUCAGACCGGACCAUGGAACACUGGCGGUUCUCACAGGGGUCGUAUCCAGAUUUGAAGAAAACUGUGGAGCAUUUCAGGGUGGCGAGGGAGAAACUGAUCAUCCAAACCUACCAACUCAGCAUACUAUUCACGCCAGGGUUCAACAGCACUUCAGCUGGAUUACGAAAACUGUGUUUUCUGAGGCCAGCUGUGGGAUCAUAACUGGUUCCAAAGAGGACGCUGUUAACCGAGUUAGUAUUUUGGAACUGAAUGAGUCUGAGAUAGAGCUACUCAACGGUUCAGGAGAGAAUUCAGGAGACUACUCUGGAGAUGGCUUUCCUCCGUAUGAAGCGAAUGAAUCGCCUGCAGAACAAGAACUGAAAAUGAACGAAAUAGUUCAGCAAGAUUCCGGAAUAUCGGAAGUUGAAAAUGAUUCGGAUUCCGAGGUAGAAUCAGAUUCCGCUUUCUGGAUGAAUCCGUCCCGUGCAGAAGUACCUCCCUAGGCCUAGAAGGGGAUAUGGAGUAUCAAGAUGAAAAGUAAUAAACACGCUAGGGUUGGGUAAAAUGAACAUUUAUACUUCAAGGCAGAUUUUUUAGCAGAUUGUAUAUAUAUAUGCAUGGCCAAGUUUGCUUCUGACUUUCUGAGAUGCAAAUCAUUUUCUUCAUAACUUUACUUUAAGAACAAUUGAAUCCGUUAAAAAUGGAAAACUAGCAAACUAAAAAGUUUUUUUUAAAUUCGGAAAAUUUUGAAGGUUUUUUGGAUCUCACUCUAGGUUUUGUUAAAACAUUUGACAGAUUAUAGUUCUUUGUAAAAGUACCAAGAAUAGUCGAAAACGCAAAAACAAAUAUCGCUCCUUAUUCUUAUUGUGUUUUGAAUGUCUAAGUAGUUUUUAUUCAUUCGGUAAAAAACAGUUUUUUUUUCUUGUAUUUUAUGCCUUGGCCCUAGGGACGUUCAUUUUACUUAUAGCAUCGACAUAGUAAUAACUUUUAUAUGUUUGAUAAUAAAUAUAUUCUUGCGAUUAA